GUGGCUAUGCCGCACUUUUCAAAAAAAAAGGUGUGUGGGACAGGGACAGUGAGCGGUGUGUGUGGAGUCAGGAGUUUUUCACUGUUUGUUACCCACUAACUUACACCUUCAAUAGAGCACUUGCAGCAACGCUCCUUCCUCAACUCUCUGCAUUUAGAGUCUCUUACCCAGUCUGGUGUUUUCAAUCAGCAUCGCUCUCACAAAGUUGGAGUUUCAGCAGGUUAUCUGGUCCUUUUCUUCCCUACCUUCCCUCUUUCCCCACCCUCCUUCAGGCUUGCCGGAGCAAUGCCGCAAGCCUCGGAAGCAAAUAUCCCUCAAUGUAGAUCAUUUGGGAAGGAACCUUCUAUAACGGAGAAGGAUGAUUGCCUUCAUAUCAAACGUUCCCCUUCAUCGCCCCAAGGUGGGCCCAAGAAGAGAUCAGCUUUUGAAGAUCUCACAAAUGCCAAACAAGGUCAAGAUCCGGUUUCAAAGAAAAAAACUGGGAAGGUGGUGGGUAAGAAAAGUCAAAAAAGUGUCAUUGCACAAGAAACAUUGAAAAAUGAAGAGAAUAAUUUAAAAAGUACAGAACCUAAAGCUCCUCUGGAGCAUCAGGAUAAUGCAGCAGUACACAAGAAACCCAAGAGACUGGUACCAACUGAGGAAAAAGCAGCUGAUGUAGAUAAAUCAGUAGACCCCAAGAAAAAUCGCGCUUUAGAAACAGCAUUUAGUGUUGGUAAUUUAAUCGCGUUACAGCAAACAGACAUUUUAAAGUUGCCUGACUAUGAUGAAGUUGAUGAAGAGAAUUUGAAAGAUCCAUUCUUGAAUGCAAUCUAUGUGAAUGAUAUAUUCAACUAUAUGAAGGAGAGGGAGAAACAAUUUGUUCUAAAAGGCUAUAUGGAAAAGCAACCUGACCUGAACAUUGAGAUGAGGGGAAUUUUAGUCGACUGGAUGGUCGAGGUGCAGGAAAAUUUUGAACUGAAUCAUGAGACUCUGUAUCUAGCAGUGAAGCUAGUGGAUCAUUACCUGGCACUGACGGUGUGUAUGAGGGAAACACUGCAACUUCUGGGUUCUACUGCAAUCCUCAUUGCUGCAAAAUUUGAUGAGCGGUGUCCUCCCUGUGUGGAUGAUUUCUUGUACAUCUGUGAUGAUGCAUACCAAAGGGAGGAACUGCUCUCAAUGGAGGUUAACAUUCUCCGAACCAUGAAGUUUGAUAUCAAUAUUCCCGUGGCCUAUCGAUUCUUGAGAAGAUAUGCAAAGUGUGCUAGAGCCAACCUUGAGACAUUGACGCUUGCACGUUAUAUCUGUGAGUUGACCCUGCAGGAAUAUGAGUUUAUCUGGGAGAGUGCUUCUAAAUUAGCAGCAUCCUGCCUGCUACUAGCCCUCAAGAUGAAAGAGCUUGGAGGAUGGACUCCGACUCUGGAACAUUACACUGGAUAUCAUGUCACUGACUUGCACUCGCUGCUGAGGAGACUAAAUCUUUUGCUUUACAGUAAGCCAGAUGAAAAGCUGAAGGCUGUUCGGUACAAGUAUGCUCACAAGGUAUUCUUUGAAGUAGCAAAAAUCCCACCCAUUGACGUUCUGAAGUUAGAAGACCAGCUUAAGGUGGACACUUGAUCCGAUCAAAUCCAGACAGUCUGGGGAAGUGGUGCUGUAUCACCCAUAGUCAUAAAGCUGAUUACAUGUGUAUAUAUAUUGUGUAAAUACUUGUGUAAUAUUGCUUUACUAUACCUCUGCUAAGCAGAAGCAAUUGUGUAAUUAAUCAUAAUUGUUACUUUUAUUAUGUAACAUUCAAAUUCAAUUGAAUAACAAAAUAACUAAAGAGGUGAGAAGAGGCUGAUCUGUUCAAAACACGAAAUUCAACAAUUGUUUUUUCCCUCUUCAAUCUAAAACUUUGAAUAUGGUGUAAGUGACAAUGAGCUAUUGGCCUGUGGAAUACAUGCUACAGCUUGUUUCUUUUUAUUUGCCACAAGAAUGUUGUUAAUAAAUAACCACUGAAUAUA